AUGGGUCGGACCAUGGGUAGGAUCAUCGGUAGGACCAUGGGUCGGACCAUGGGUAGGAUCAUCGGUAGGACCAUGGGUCGGACCAUGGGUAGGAUCAUAGAGAACCUGACAGAGGACCUGACAGAGAACCUGACAGAGGACCUGACAGAGAACCUGACAGAGGACCUGACAGAGAACCUGACAGAGAACCUGACAGAGAACCUGACAGAGAACCUGACAGAGAACCUGACAGAGAACCUGACAGAGAACCUGACAGAGAACCUGACAGAGGACCUGACAGAGAACCUGCAGCUUUCAUAA